AUGGGAUUCGAACAGUUUAUGAAACCUAAGAAGGGCAGAUGGACACCAGAAGAGACAGAUUUGUUACAACAAUGCGUUGAUGAAGAACCAAAUCCCGAAAAUCCUAAUUGGGCCGCGAUAGAAGAAAGAUUUAGUGGAAAACGAACAGCCAAACAAAUAAGGGAACGUUGGUCUAAUCAUAUAAAUCCAAUUAUCGUAAAAAGAACAUUUACCAAAGAUGAAAUUCAUAUAAUUGAAACCGAAUUUGCCAAACAUAAAUUCAAAUGGGCAAGAAUCGCUUCAAAAUUGGAGAAUGCUACGCCAUUAAUGUAG